CUUCUUACCAUUUUCAGCAUCUUGCAAGUUGUCAAUACCGUUGAAGUGCCUCAAUCGUCGCUCCGCACACGUGCAUCCCUCCCGGCCGCUGUGCUUGCACUUGCCGCGGCGCUCAGCCUAAGCUUCCUGUCGUACAUUGAGCACACGAGGAACAUUCGACCAAGUUCGAUCAUCAACGCUUAUCUUCUGCUUUCCCUGCCUUUUGACGCUGCACAGCUCCGUACCAGAUGGCUACGUGGAGACGAUAUAGCUGCAAACGGGGUAUCAUCCUCCGUGUUAGCUAUCAAACUUCUUGUUCUCAUUUCCGAAGCGACAGAGAAGAGGGAAAUACUGUUAACACCCUAUGCAGACCCUUCCCCGGAGGCUACCAGCGGGCUGUACUCUCGGGGUCUUUUCUGGUGGUUGAACUCGCUCUUCCGACUCGGAUUCAGAAGCGUCGUGAGUGAAGACGAUCUGUUUGCUGUUGAUCGAGAUCUGCAAUCCAAAGCGCUUGGAAUCAGGUUUAACAAACAUUGGAAGUAUCCUGCAAAGCACACAUUGGUCUGGAUCCUCUCACGCGCUAUGCUUGGCCCCUUCGCAGCUGCCAUAUUGCCUCGUCUAGCCUUGACAUUCUUCGCAUUCAUGCAACCACUCCUGAUCAGCAGCCUCACUUCACUAGUUCAAAAACCUGACUCUGAAGAUGCGAGUAAUCGUGGCUGGGGACUGGCUGCUGCUUUUGGACUUGUUUAUGCGGGGAGAGCUGUAGCUGGCGGUGCGUAUCAGCAUAAAGCUAAUAGGAUGGUGACGAUGGUUAGGGGCUCGCUGGUCAAUGCUGUUUAUAAGCAGACUUUGGAGUUGUCGAUUACGAGCUUGGAUGAGAGUGCUGCUGUUACAUUAAUGAGCUCGGAUGUGGAGCGGAUUUGCGAGGCUAUCCUUCCUAUACACAACGUAUGGGCAAGUCCCCUAGAGAUUGGUCUUGCAAUAUGGCUGCUACAGAGAGAAAUUGGUUUCGCUCUUUUCGGCCCUUUGAUCGUCACGAUCCUGGCGGUAUCUGGCCCCUUUUUGAUCUCCGGGCCCAUGGGGAAGGCUCAAAAAAGCUGGAUUGAAAGGAUUCAGACCCGAAUUGAUGCAACUGCAAAGAUGUUGCACUCAAUGAGGGGAGUCAAAAUGCUCGGUCUCAACGCAAAGCUUUCCAGCAUUGUUCAUCAGCUGAGAGUGGAUGAAAUCGCCGCAUCACUGAAGAUGAGAAAGUUAUUUAUCCCGAUGCUAGCCUUUGGCAACAUAUCCGAUAUCUUCGCCCCCGGAACUGCGUUUGCCAUCUAUGUCAUUGUGGCUAGGGUCAAUGGACAGAUUCUCAAUGUCACUUCGGCAUUCACUGCGCUCUCACUUAUUGCGCUGCUGGUUGCACCUAUUCGGGCCAUUGUUUUCGCCAUUCCACCUCUAAUUGCAGCGGUUGGUUGCUUCGAUCGAAUCCAGAAAUUCCUUUCAUCGCCAACCAAGAGAGACCAUCCAAUACUCGUAUCCGCUUCACAUGGGGACUCGAGCCGCACGACGGAACUUGAUUCAUUCGCUCAGAAUACAACACUGGAAUCCGACAUCGAGCUGGAUGAGAUUACUGUACCAGUAGGGGCGAGUUUGUCACCCUUAACCAUACGUGUUAGAAAUUUGACACUCCUUUGGUCUGAGGAAGCUACUCCUGUGAUUGACGACGUUUCCCUGGAUUUCCAACCCGGGCAACUAACGAUGAUCGUCGGCCCAGUUGGAUGUGGCAAAUCUAGCCUGCUGAAAGGCCUACUGGGUGAGAUUCCUUCGUCAAAGGGACAUGUGUACAUCAGCCAGGCACAUGCUGCAUUCGUGGAUCAAUCUUCUUGGAUCCAGAAUACCAGUAUCCGAAACAACAUUGUUGGGAUUUCACACUUUGAGCCCGAAUGGUACGCUAGUGUUGUUUAUGCCUGUGCGCUGAAUACCGACAUUGAAACACUUCCUGAAGGAGACAGUACCAAGGUGGGCUCAGCGGGUGCUGCCCUCUCUGGAGGUCAAAAGCUGCGGAUAGCACUUGCUAGAGCCGUUUAUUCACGGCAGCAUGUCCUUAUACUCGAUGAUGUCUUCAGUGGUCUGGAUGCCACAAGCGAAGAGCGUAUAUUUUCACGUUUACUUGGAACUAAUGGGUUACUACGCCGAUUAGGUACAACUGUUAUUCUGGUCACGCAUGCAGCUCACCGCCUAUCCUACGCUGACCACAUCAUUGCACUCAGUCCCCAAGGUACAAUCUUAGAGCAAGGCAAGCUCGCUCAACUUCUCGCGAGCAGCGGCUACGUUGUUGGGCUAGCUGCACGCGAUAUACCAGAAGCUGAAGGUGGUCUUAAAGAGAAAGUUCCUCCUGCGAAGGUAGGGGGAGAUGGGGAUGUGGCCCGACAAAAUGCUGCAGCUGAUAUCAGUCGUCCUAUCGGGAAUUGGUCGGUUUAUGGUUAUUAUUUCACGAGCGCCGGGCGACGAAACGUUGCCGUUUGGGCAGUUGUGAUGAUUUGCUACUCCAUGUUACUCUCAUUUCCUGAUCUCUGGAUCAAAUUCUGGACCAGUGCCGUUGCGGUUCAUGGCAACUCGGUCAACGGUUUUUACUUAGGGAUACUUAUCGCAGUUGAGUUCGCAGCUAUCGCCACCCUUAUGGCCUUAUGCGUCAUGCUCUUCAUCAGGAUGAUACCACGUUCCGCAAUCUACCUGCACGGAAAGUUACUGGACACCGUCGAAAACGCACCACUCUCUUUCUUCACAUCCACCGACGCUGGACAAAUCUUAAACAGGUUCAGCCAGGACCUGUCGGUUAUUGACAUGGAGCUUCCGCUUGCAGGGCUUAUAUUAGCACACAAUGUGUGCGUGGCAAUAAUCCAAGCAAUCUUGAUCUGUAUUUCCACAUCCUACUUCGCGGUCGUCUUGCCUUUCGUCUUGUUUGCAGUCUAUAUACUGCAAAAGAUCUACCUCCGCACCUCGCGCCAGAUCAGGCUCACGGACCUCGAAGCAAAGGCACCACUCUACAGCAACUUUCUCGAAACUCUCAACGGGCUGGUCACAAUCCGUGCUUUUGGCUGGACCAGGGAGAUGGAGAAACGAAAUAUGGACCUUCUGGACGCAUCUCAACGACCGUUUUACCUUUUGUACUGUAUUCAGAGAUGGCUGGCACUAGUCAUAGAUCUCCUUGUGGCUGCUCUUGCAUUUAUUCUCGUCGCUCUGAUCGUCACAUUCCGCCACCGCGCUGACGCGGGAUUCGUGGGAGUGGCGUUGAUAAACAUUAUGUCGUUCAAUAUCACACUCUCUGUCCUCAUCCAGCACUACACGGCUGUCGAAACGUCACUAGGUGCUAUCUCCCGCAUCCAAUCUUUCGUCGCCAGCACCGCAUCCGAGAGUCUCCCCCAGGAAUCUCAAGCAGUACCGUCGAAAUGGCCAUCAGAAGGCAACAUCACCGUUUCAAACCUCUCUGCCACUUACUCGCGCGAUCGAGAUCCAGCACUUCACCACGUCAAUCUCGCCAUCCCAGCGGGCCAGAAACUAGGAAUCUGUGGCGCGUCUGGAUCUGGUAAAUCGAGCUUCGUCGCUACGUUGUUUCGUCUGCUGGAGAUCACGGAAGGCACAGUCAUCAUUGAUGGGAUCGACAUCUCUACCAUCCCGCGAAGCAUGCUCCGGGAGCGGUUGACUGUUAUCCCACAAGAUCCAGUCUUUCUUAAUGGCACAGUUAGGCAGAAUCUCGAUCCUUUGCACAGGGCGGACGCGGAAGCUGCGAAGACGGUACUUGAGAAGGUUGGGCUGUGGCGGAUUGUGAGUUUGGCGGGGGGCUUGGAUGUGCAGAUGAAUGCAGAGGAGAUGUUGAGCCAUGGGCAGAGACAGCUGUUUUGCUUGGCGAGGGCCUUACUGAGGAAAUCGAAGGUGGUUGUGAUGGAUGAGGUUAGUGCGAGUGUGGAUUUGGUGACGGAGGGGACCGUGAUGGAGGUUAUUGAGAGGGAGUUUGCGGGGUGUACGGUUAUUGCGGUGGCGCAUCGGUUAGGGAGCAUUAGGGGGUAUGAUAGGAUUGCGGUUUUUGAAAAUGGAAGGAUUGUGGAGGUAGGCGAGCCGGGGGUGUUGCUGGUUGUGGAUAGGGGGAAGUUUAGGGAGUUGUGGGAGGCCGGGGGAGUGUGA